UCCCCCAACGCGUUAUUAAGUCUCUGUGGAAGCUGAAGACUCACCCACUGUCACCCAUGGCUUCCUCCUCCUCCUCCUCCUCCUUCCCUCCCAAAAUGAAACUACAACAACUCCUUCUCUCCGCCGCUGUUUUCUUUUCUCUCCUCUCUCUCAUCGCCGCGGAAUCGUCAUCUCAGCCGCCGUACGCCUGCGACUCUUCCAACACUCUCCCAUUCUGCAGAACCUCUCUGUCGAUCAACUUAAGAGCCCGCGAUCUCGUCUCUCGUCUCACAUUGGACGAGAAGAUUCUGCAACUCGUCAACACCGCUCCGGCGAUCCCUCGCCUCGGUAUCCCCGCCUACGAGUGGUGGUCGGAGGCCCUCCACGGCGUCGCUCAUGUCGGUUAUGGCAUCCGCCUUAACGGCACCAUCUCCGCCGCCACCAGCUUCCCCCAGGUUAUCCUCACUGCUGCUUCCUUCGACGCCAACCUCUGGUACCAAAUCGGACAGGCGAUAGGAACAGAAGCGAGGGCGGUGUACAAUGCAGGGCAGGCGAAGGGGAUGACAUUUUGGGCGCCAAACAUAAACAUAUUCAGAGACCCAAGAUGGGGAAGAGGGCAAGAAACACCAGGAGAAGACCCAAUGAUGUCGGGGAAGUACUCAGUAGCAUACGUAAGAGGGAUUCAAGGGGAUAGCAUUGAAGGGGGGGCGCUCGGGAACCAGCUCAAAGCUUCAGCAUGCUGCAAACACUUCACUGCCUACGAUCUCGAACGGUGGGAAGGGAUGACUCGAUACGUGUUCGACGCCAAGGUGACGCCGCAGGACAUGGCGGACACGUAUCAGCCGCCAUUUGAGAGCUGCGUGGUGCAGGGGAAGGCGAGUGGGAUUAUGUGCUCUUACAAUAGGUUGAAUGGGGUGCCGACCUGUGCCGAUCAUCAUCUCUUGACUGUUACUGCAAGAAAUCAAUGGAAGUUUAAUGGGUACAUCGUGUCGGACUGUGAUGCGGUAUCCAUCAUUCAUGAUGCACAGAGUUACGCCAAGAUUCCAGAGGAUGCGGUGGCUGCUGUUCUUGCUGCUGGAAUGGACAUCAAUUGUGGUACGUACCUGAAGAACCACACGAAAUCUGCUGUGGAGAUGAAGAAAGUACCUAUUUCUGAUAUAGACAGAGCACUCAGCAACCUCUUUGCUAUUAGAAUGAGAUUGGGUUUGUUUGAUGGCAAUCCAACCAAGCUUCCUUACGGCCAAAUUGGUCCAAACGAUGUGUGCUCAAAGAAGCAUCAAAAGCUGGCUCUUCAAGCUGCAAGAGAGGGCAUUGUUCUUCUAAAGAACGAUGCCAAGCUUCUACCACUUUCCAAAUGGAAUACGCAUUCGCUUGCUGUUAUAGGCCAUAAUGCCGAUGCCCCGAUUGCGCUUCGAGGGAAUUAUGCUGGCAUUCCUUGCAAAACUGUUACCCCAUUACAGGGUUUGAAUAGCUAUGUCAAGAACACUGUUUACCACAAAGGCUGCAACUGGGCUAACUGUACUGAGGCUAGUGUGUAUCAGGCAGUGGAAGUAGCCAAAAGUGUGGAUUAUGUGGUGCUGGUUAUGGGGUUGGAUCAAACCCAAGAACGAGAAGACUUUGAUCGGUCGGAGUUGGUGCUACCAGGAAAGCAAGAAGAACUCAUUGCUGAAGUCGCCAAGGCUGCAAAACGACCAGUCAUUUUGGUGAUUCUCUCUGGAGGGCCAGUGGAUAUAUCUUCGGCUAAGUAUAAUGCGAAGAUAGGAAGCAUCCUGUGGGCUGGUUAUCCAGGACAAGCUGGUGGAACUGCCCUUGCAGAGAUCAUAUUUGGUGAUCACAACCCAGGAGGAAGAUUGCCAGUAACUUGGUAUCCACGUGAUUUCAUCAAAGUUCCAAUGACAGACAUGAGAAUGAGAGCAGACCCUUCAUCAGGCUACCCUGGCCGCACCUACCGCUUUUAUAAUGGACCAAAAGUCUACGAAUUUGGCUACGGACUCAGCUACUCCGACCAUCGCUAUGAAUUCACAUCUGUUACCGGAAGCAAACUGAACCUUAGACCUCCAACAGUCAGCCAGGCAGCCAUGAACUCUGACUCGGUCCGUUACCGGCUCGUCUCUGAGCUGGACGGGAAGUUCUGUGAGAGCAAUGCGGUGAAUGUGACUGUAGGAGUUAGAAACCAAGGGGGAAUGGGAGGUAAGCAUUCUGUACUGCUAUUCGUGAAGCCUACAAAACCCGAAAAUGGGAGUCCUGUGAAGCAAUUGGUGGGAUUCAAGAGGGUGGAGAUAAACGCAGGAGAUCGCAGCGAGGUCGAGUUCUUGGUAAACCCCUGCAAGCAUGUAAGUAAGGCCAAUGAAGAGGGGCUGAUGGUUAUAGAAGAAGGGUCUCAUUCAUUGGUUGUAGGAGAUGUGGAACAUCCUCUUGAUAUCUUUGUUUGAUAUCAGCUUGGAUUAGUAACACAAUACAUUGGAAUAUGACGCAUGGUUACAGUCAGUUCAUUUCAUAAACAGGAGAUAUGUCUGAAGUAACUCAAAUGGUGUGCUUGCUACCUACUACAACGGGAGUGCAGCUAUUAAGAAUGAAGCAGAGCUAUUUUCAUUGUGUGUGGCCAGAGAUAAAUAAACAAAUGUUGCUUUCCUGUCUUCAUGUAACCUUGUUUGCAACAUUGUAAUGGCUUGAAAAGCUUGAUUAAAGUAUAAUGGAUCUUUCUAAAGAGAUUUUUAUACUAAAA